AUGCACAUGUCUUUCCGUCUGUGUUGCUUUUUUGUGCUUGGCUUUUGCGGGUUUUGCCAAGCACGGCCUGCGCCAUAUUCAUCCUGUUUGGAUGAUGCAAUCCCAGAAGCGACAUGGAAAGAUUUGGUGAGUCCGGCGGGCGAGUCUUAUCCGAUUGGAAUGUGGGUGAAUGAUUGGGCAGCUGGGCACCUCGCAGCGGCAGUAGCCCAGAUUGUGAUCCAGGAGAAACUUGGCUUCAAAGUGGCGCUGAAGGGCAGCGGAGGAGUGGCAGUAGAUGGCUUCUUUGCGCUCACAGGCUGCGUUUUCCCUACAAAUAGUGCUGACCGUGGAUGCAACGCAUCCAUCACCUACGUUCACAUCAACGUUGAAGUUUGGACUUCAACGUACAGCGGCGACUGGGAUCAGAUCCAGGCGCAAUUUCCAAAGAUGGCUCCCAAGACUUUGGGAAAUAUGGGUUACUACGGUGCAACUGCAACGUACAUUCCUUUGGAAGUUCGGGAACAAGGCUAUGACUCUGAAGGAAUCAAUUUGGACUUCUACCGCGACUACAAUGUCUCGAAGAAGAAUCCAAGUAAGUUCUUUGCGGCUCCCAGUGACCUCAGCGUUGCUCGCUUGCGGCCGUGCAACGAAACCGCUCUGAUGUUGAACAAGGUAAUGAGGAACUACUUGGACAUUACUGGUGAUGCGGCAGGUGUUGUUGGCUCCGCGCCUGAGAUCACUGGCAAAUGCUGGGACACCUAUUUUUGGUAUGCUCCUGGCUGUCGAUCGCAGCCAGCCAACUGUCUUACGUGGUUCACGGGUGGCACUGGCUGGGGUAUGUUCGAAAUGCUUGUAAAAGCAACGAUGUACAACAUGCCCCUGGCAACGGCCGUUGCGUACAGCUUCGCAGACUAUGCCCGGCUGCCGACUACCAACGAUGUGAUGCUCUAUUGGUGGGUUCCAGAUCCAACUUUUUUGAGGUUGGCACCACGAAGGAUUACCUUCCCUGAGCACGAUGCAGAUGAAUGGGCCAAGGGAAAUCGACGGACCGCUUCCCGUGACGUGUCCAUUGACAAGCACGUGAGUCAGGAUUUAGCUGAUUUGGCUCCAGAUGUUCAGGAAUUCAUCGCCAGACUCUCGAUGAGUCUAAGCAGUAUGAAUGAUAUGUUGCUGGACCAACUCAACACAGAAGACUCCAACUUUGAUGUCGCUUGCCGGUGGCUUCGGGCCAAUGAACCUUCAUGGUCAGCCUGGGUGCCAGAGAAGGGCAAAUGCUUCUCUCAAUUUGGCAUCUACAGCGAGCAGACGCAGCAGUUCUUGAUGAAGCGUGAGAGUGCGGGUUCUGCAAUAUCCUGCAGAGCUUGCCCUUCAGGCUUUUUCUCAUCUCGGCUGGAGGAUGGCCAAGGGACCACAUUCAUUUGCCAACCAUGUCAGAGUGGAUCAUUCCAAGCUUCUGGCGCUUCGGUCGUUUGCGAUCCAUGUCCAGCUGGUAGCUAUCAGAACGAGACCGCCAGUGUUUCAUGCAACAGAUGCCCAGUUGGCCAGUACCAAGAUCAGGAGGGAAGCAACGAUUGCAAGAUGUGCCCUGCUGGCACAAGCACUGGGCUUUUGGGUUCCGUCUCCAUGUCGGACUGUGGUUGCAAGGCUGGGUCCAUCAACAUCGGAGACAACGGCACCUUCAAUUGCGUUCCGUGCAGCGAAGGGUUGGACUGUCCACUGGCUUCAAGAAUCGAGGAUCUCAAGUCUGGACAGUCCAGCAGCUCCGAAUUUGUUCCGAGAAUUCGACGAGGCUACCAUUCAACCAUGGAGGAACCUUUGGAGAUAUUUCACUGCAGACCCGAAGCUUCGUGUAGCGGCGGAGUGCCAGGAACCUGUGCCAAUGGCCUAGAAGGCAGCGCUUGUGCUGUUUGUCCUCUCGGUCAAACGCAAGGCUUUUCUGGACAAUGUGUAGAUUGUGGUGCUACCAGAUUUGCAUUGGUGGCUGCUGGCAUUCCAAUUGUUUUUGUGCUGCCUAUUCUUGCAUAUUAUUUGAGCAAUUUGGAUGUUCUGGCAAAGGCUACGCCUUUCAAAUCUGGUGUCAUGGCAAUUUCGGUCGGACUAGCUGCCUUGCAAAUUCUCGCUGUGGUUGGGCUGACAUCAGCCACAUGGACAACGUCCGUUGAAUCGACUUCAUCAGGUUUGCAAAUCAUGCUGUUGGACCUGGACACAUUGGGUGUCACUUGCAUUUCAGGAAGGGGCCCUUUGGCCCGCUACCUCAUCGGUCUGGCCGUCUUCCCGGCUGCUGUGCUAUGGCUGUUCCUCUUCUGGGCCACCUCUUCCCUGAUUUCGCGGCAUGGCAGGUUGGGCAGGUUGGGCAGGUGCUUGCGACCGUGGACGCUGCCCUUCACAGCCAACACCGCCGGACUUGGAUUUCAAUUGGGCUUCGGCACCAUGGCAGCCAUUGCUCUGAAGCCAUUCAUGUGCUUCUUACACCCCAGCGGAGCUUAUACCAUGACCGCUUACCCCAAUUUUAUCUGUGGGAAGAGACAGCACUUCAUUAUGAGAGUGUUUGGCUCUGGCUUCUUCAUUGUCUUCGUGCUUGGCUUCGCCGUCAUGUGCGCUUUUGCCGCUUGGAACAUGCCAAAGUGGUCUGCUGGAAAACAAAGAGCCCGGCUGCAGAGUUUUCGCUUCUUCCUGGCGAAUUUCCGGUUUGAUGCUCAUUGGUUCGUACUCGUCAUCCUUUUCCGUGGCCUUGGCUUUGCCCUGGCAGUCGCCCUGGGAGCAGGCACCCCACCAGUGCAGACCUCGUUGGCAAGUCUGGUGCUGAUCGUCUAUGGCUUGUUACAGGCAUUGUGGCUCCCAUGGAAGGUGCCAAUGAUCAACAUGGCAGAUAUGUUUGUGAAUGCCAGCCUUGUCCUUUUGGUCACCAAAUCCAUCCAGACCGACGUUGAUAUGGAAGCCCAUUUUGCUGAGGUAUUCUCUGUUUGCAUUCUCGGGUUUAUGUUCGCAAGCCUCGCGAUGGCAUUGGUGCUGAGCAUACUUGUCCUGUCUCUUCAGUGUGCCGGGAUCGAUUGGAGUCCUGUUUUGACUUUGGGCGGUGGUGGCAGCCCCACAACCAUCUCCCAGGCGCUGAAACAAUGUGCUGAAGACCUGUUGAGCAUCUCCGAGACCGAGUUGGCCGGCAAGAUCCGCUCCGCCAACGUUUAUGACAUGCAGACAGUCACCAAAUGCAUCGACUUGCUGGCAGAGAUCUUGCCGAAUUCUUCUCUCGCCUUGAACCGUGUCUCUACGUCAAGAAUCAAUCCAAAGCUGGUGAAUCAGCAGUUUUCACAUGGAAGCCUAGGUGAAGCGUAUGAGGCACCUGCUCUGGUGAGUCAGCUCAUUCAGCUGCCCCAGGGAGAGACAAAUGAGCCCCUGGGGCAACCAGAAAAUCAAGCUGAAGGGUCUGAAGAUCCUCCACCUGAAGAUUCUGAACUGAUCGUCAGAGUCCCGCUUUGA